GACUCGGGUCGUGCUCCCGCUUCGUCACCGCCCUCCCGCCCCCGAGCUUCUUGGCUCUUUGAGCACUCUUGCCAGUGGCCCCGGCUGAGGGGCCAGACUCUCACCAAACUUGUCCGCCUUGGGUUUAGAAUCCUUCAUUCUAGGGACUCCUCUGGAGCGGGUGAACUUAGAGCUAGCAGCCCCCCCCCCUGCGCCCCGCCUCUCUCUCCUGCCUUCUUUUUGGGGAGGAGCUCUCCGCGAUCUGGAGAGUUCCCGAGGGUCACCCACCGCAUUGCGCUCCCUCUUCCGUCUGGCCUUCACCUGGAUAUAAUUUGCGAGCGAAGCUGCCCCCAGGAUGACCACGCUGGCCGGCGCUGUGCCCAGGAUGAUGCGGCCCGGCCCGGGGCAGAAUUACCCACGCAGCGGCUUCCCGCUGGAAGUGUCCACUCCCCUCGGCCAGGGCCGGGUCAACCAGCUCGGAGGUGUAUUUAUCAACGGCAGGCCUCUGCCCAACCACAUCCGCCACAAGAUCGUGGAGAUGGCCCACCACGGCAUUCGGCCUUGCGUCAUCUCUCGCCAGCUGCGCGUGUCCCACGGUUGCGUCUCUAAGAUCUUGUGCAGGUACCAAGAGACGGGCUCCAUUCGUCCUGGUGCCAUUGGAGGCAGCAAGCCCAAGCAGGUGACAACGCCUGACGUGGAGAAGAAAAUUGAGGAAUACAAAAGAGAGAACCCGGGCAUGUUCAGCUGGGAAAUCCGAGACAAAUUACUCAAGGACGCUGUCUGUGACCGGAACACUGUGCCCUCAGUGAGUUCCAUCAGCCGAAUCCUAAGGAGUAAAUUUGGAAAAGGAGAAGAAGAGGAGGCGGAUCUAGAGAGGAAGGAAGCAGAGGAAAGCGAGAAAAAGACUAAACACAGCAUCGACGGCAUCCUGAGCGAGCGAGCCUCAGCGCCUCAGUCGGACGAAGGCUCCGACAUUGACUCUGAACCUGAUUUACCCCUCAAGAGGAAGCAGCGCAGGAGUAGGACCACCUUCACUGCCGAGCAGCUAGAGGAACUGGAACGUGCUUUCGAGAGAACCCACUACCCAGACAUUUACACCAGGGAGGAGCUGGCCCAGAGGGCGAAGCUUACAGAGGCCCGUGUGCAGGUCUGGUUUAGCAACCGCCGUGCAAGAUGGAGGAAGCAAGCUGGGGCCAAUCAACUGAUGGCUUUCAACCAUCUCAUUCCGGGGGGAUUCCCUCCCACCGCCAUGCCGACCCUGCCAACAUACCAGCUGUCGGAGACCUCUUACCAGCCCACGUCUAUUCCACAAGCUGUGUCAGAUCCCAGCAGCACUGUUCAUAGACCUCAACCGCUUCCUCCGAGCACGGUACACCAAAGCAGUAUUCCUUCGAACCCAGACAGCAGUUCUGCCUACUGCCUCCCUAGCACCAGGCAUGGAUUUUCAAGCUAUACAGACAGCUUUGUGCCUCCGUCGGGGCCCUCCAACCCCAUGAACCCCGCCAUUGGCAAUGGCCUUUCACCUCAGGUAAUGGGACUUCUGACCAACCACGGUGGGGUACCGCACCAGCCUCAGACCGACUAUGCUCUCUCCCCUCUCACUGGGGGCCUGGAACCCACGACCACGGUGUCAGCCAGCUGCAGUCAGAGACUGGAACAUAUGAAGAAUGUGGACAGCCUGCCCACAUCUCAGCCCUAUUGUCCCCCCACCUAUAGCACCACAGGCUACAGUAUGGACCCUGUCACAGGCUACCAGUAUGGGCAGUAUGGACAAAGUGCCUUUCAUUAUCUCAAGCCAGAUAUUGCGUAAGUGAACUGUCCACUUGGAGCUAAACUGGCCCUGUUUCCGGCCUCCACAGACUAGACAUGAAGAAUCUUCUCAGAAACAAAACAAAACAAAACAAAACAAAAAAACAAACAAAAAUAAAUAAAUAAAAUAAAAAAUCAGCCUUUGGGGGAGGUGGAGACAAAAGAAAACAAUGGAUUUUCUUUCUCCAGUAGUUGGUUUCAGAUUCUUUGAACUAAUUGGACAAAGGCAGUGGAGAUGAGGAAGACCCACAGCUAUAAAACGUACCAUUUUAAGGCAGUGAUGUAACCUGGCUACAUAUCAAAAUGUCCCCAACUCUUUGUUAUUGAUCAAGAAGCUAAAACAUUGCAUUUGUGUGUGUGUGUGUGAGAGAGAGAGAGUGUGUGGUGUGUGCACAUGAGAGAGAGACAGAGAGAGAUGUCCCCAUAUAUCACAACUGAAUUCUUGAAAUUGAACAGGUUUGAUGUCCAAGGCUGCCCAAGUUUAUCACAUUCACACUGCUUUCGUAAUGAAUUGGGAAUGGAGGAAUCCUUGACUUUGACACACUGGAACCUGAUAUGAAAAUCAACACCACCAUUUCAUAGGAAGCCAGACUAGAUGUGAAGGAUCUCCCCAAUAAAUUAUUACCAUACCCUCGUUUGUAACUUAGUUGUCAAUCAAUGUCCCAGAUAUGCCUUGUAAAAGGAUGUGGGAUGAGGAGGAAAAUCGUGUUUUCUGCUGUGGGGAUGGAUGGAUGGUGUUUCCUUCCCAAGACACAUUCAUUUGGAAGCCAGUCUGGGUGGGGGGAAGGGCAUGAUGGAGAAGAAGUGUCAUCGCCUAUCACCUCUCUGCUUCUCAGCGUGCAAUACUGUGUACCUCACCGAUGCUUUGGCCAUGGCCAAGGUGAUAGUAAUGAAAUAAGAACUAUAUUUUUGCAGGCGUUUUUAUUUUUGCAGCCUGUAACUCAUCAUGGUAGAAUGCAGUGAUUACUUGUUCAUUGCCAAAUCACCAGUGCCCUGACCUGCUUGCUCCUUUUGCUCAGAGACCACGCCCAAGAUUUAUGCUUUCUACAGUGAUGCCGUUUACAUUCGCCUCUUUUCUACGAAAGGCAGGGCGAGAACAGAAAUGUCCACGUGGCUCUCUUGUACUUUUAAAUUAUACAAUGAUACCUAAUAUUAAAGGAUGAUAGGGAACAGAGGUUUACAUACAUUUACGGGGUGACAGUUAGGAUGUCAAUAAAUCUGUAUUUUGAAAUGUUAAGAGGAAAAAGGUGGGAGGUGCUGUUAUUUAUUUCUUUCUGUUCCUGGAACCAUGAAUGAGAUAGGCACAAAUACAUUCCCUUUAGACUUAAGAACAAUGAGGUAGUUCAUUAGUGGGACUAGACAUAGACCUGAGCUAUUUUAUAUGUUGGGCGAGGGUGAUGGAACAGGAGACAUAGUAUCUUUGUGUUGCAGCCCCAGCCAACAAUGAUGUGUUGUAAAAAUGUCUUUCAUGUAAAAAGUGCAGUAAAUAUUUACUAUUUAUAAUGAAUAAACAGUUAAUGAAAA